GUGGUUAACUUCUCACUCGGUGUUAUUUAUUUGAGAAGUCCCCGGACGUCGGAGGCGGCUGUUGUGGCGGCUGCGGCGGCGACGGCGGCAGCAGCAGCAGCAGCGGCAGCGGCAGCAGUGACAGAGGCAGCAGCGGAGGCGGCGGAGGAGGCAGCCCAGCACCAGACAAACGUGGUCAAAAAGAGAAGGAGGAGAGGAAGGAGGAUGGCUUUGGUGAUGAUGAUGUUGUUCCCGGGCGCAAGAAAAAGCUGCUGCUCUUCCCGGGCAAACCUUGUAUACUGAGAGAGAAAGCGGAAUCUUCAGAGCGGGCCAGCAGGCUUGAUUGAGAAGCAUUUGCCUGGGUUUUUUGUUGUCCUUGUGCUAGACUCGCACGGUGCAGCGCCCAGCUGCAACAGCGAACAACUCCUGCCACAGCAAACCCACCUUUGCCUCUUUGGGGAAUCGGAGACUUGGUCGCCUUGUGUAUGCUGCGUCCUAUUGUUUAGACUUUGGCUGGGGUCUCAGGAACCUGAAGAGCGAGCCCCCUCCCUUUUCCUCCACCCCACCCGUGGACUACCUCCCCUCCCCAAACUCCCUUUCUGGAGGAGGGAAAAGCAGCCUGGAGAGCUGAAGGAAUUGGAACCAGUUGGGCUGCUCCUCAUUGAAACCCCAGAGUCAGGUGCACUGUUGGGAAUUGCGGACAGCUCAUCUUUGUGGGGCUUCUUUCCCGGCAGGUUGUGAGGUGUCCGGGGGGCAAGAUCAAACGGAGGAAAAAGUUCCUGGACUUUAAAAGGACCAUCUUAUUUUUCCCGGGUGACCACAAAGGGGUCCUCUCAGAGGGCCAGGGACCCCUCAUCUGGUUCAACUAGAUUGUUUCUACCUUUCCUAUCAGGUGUCUGUUGCAGAGCUACUGUAUCCGGGAAACAAGAGGGGGGUAACACACACACACACACACACACACACACACACACACACACACACACACACACACGACAUUCAGCUGCUGUCUUUUCCUCUCAAUUCAUUUCAGCUCCGCUUCCUUGUGCACCCCGCAGCUGAGGGUAAUACUGCCACGGAAGACCACAGGAUCACUCUGGCCGAAUGUUUAACCUAAAUAUCUCUACCUCUUGAAAAUCAUCUCCCAAAGUCUGUACUCAUUCCGUCUUGAAGAACAUUUCUUGCUAAACUUGGCUUUCUUAGUCCUCCCCACAAAGAGAGGUGUUAGAGAGCAGGAAAACCAGGAAGUCUAUCUUUGGGAAAUGACUAUCCCUCCUGUUUGAUCACCACCUAACAAUUUUCCCUGCCCCCAGACUGGGUCUUGAAGAGGUUUGGAAGGUUGAUUAGAGAAUUUCUGCUCUUCACAGAAGUGCAUGUGCGUUUUGCAAACCUCCCUCCUCGACUGGUGAGACUGAAAGCACUGCGCCCGGUGGCUGCCUUUGCUCUUGCGGCUGCAGGUUGUGGAAGGAAGAGUGCGUGAACUGAGCUGUGGUUAGCCCAGGAGCCUAACCUUGCCAUCCACGGAUUGCUUGUGUGGUUCUCUGUGGCGGCCACUGGUCGCAAUGCAGUUUCGCAGGAAGCGUGCAGUUGUAGGCAAACGCGGAUUUUGUGGCUGGUAGCUCCGAGGACUCGAGUUUGUUUCUGUGGCGGGGGCAUUUUUUGCCUCCCCCUUACCGUGUUUUAGGUGACCUCCUUCUCCCUUUCCAUCUCACUUCCUCACACCUUACACACACACUCUAAAACACACCGCCAGCAAAGGAUAAGCAGGCAGCCCUUCUGAUUUGCUGGGGUUGAGCGCCUGUGUAUGUGCAGAUAGGACACAGACCCCCACGCAGACAUACACAGACUGGUUCUGCAUCAUCUUUGCCAUCAGAGGAGAACAAGGAGUCUUAGGCUGCUUUUAUCGACAACUUGAUCCUUGGACAAGAGGGGACGCGUAAACCUUCCGACUUAUUACCGGACUCUCACAAACCUUGGUGAUAAGUGAAAUCCUGCACUGUACUGUGUGAUCACCGCAGACCUAAACUUCCCGAAGUCGCGCCCGCCUGGUGGAGGGGUGGAGAUAGCAGGGGUUGGGAGGCGCGUGCGUGUGUUGCGGUGCUUUUAUUAUUAUUAUUAUCAUUACUAUUAUAUUCUUCUUUUUUUUUCUUGUGUGUGGAAACUGCCCUCUGACGACGCUUUGAAUCUGUACCUCCGUUUUUUUUUUUGGUUUUUUUGUUUUUGGAUUAUUCCCUGGGGGCGAGGGUGGGGUUGUGUCUUCCAAGGCUUGUUGGAGGAAGGAGAGACUGGAGGAGGAAGAUGUGUGGCUUCGGCUUUAAGAAGCUGUCCCUGUCGUUGGGAUUAGUGCUGGUAGUUCUGAGUGAGGUGGCACCGCAGUCUUGCCCGGCGCAGUGUUCCUGCUCCGGGAGCACCGUAGACUGUCAUGGGUUGGCGCUGCGCAGCGUGCCGAGGAAUAUCCCUCGAAACACGGAGAGGCUGGAUUUGAAUGGAAAUAACAUAACAAGAAUCACUAAGACGGAUUUUGCUGGCCUUAGACACCUCCGAGUUCUUCAGCUAAUGGAGAAUAAGAUUAGUACUAUUGAAAGAGGAGCAUUUCAGGAUCUUAAAGAACUAGAGAGACUGCGUUUAAACAAAAAUAACCUUCAGCUGUUUCCUGAAUUGCUGUUUCUUGGGACUUCGAAGUUAUACAGACUUGAUCUUAGUGAAAAUCAGAUUCAAGCAAUUCCAAGGAAGGCUUUUCGUGGUGCAGUUGAUAUUAAAAACCUGCAACUGGAUUACAACCAGAUCAGCUGUAUUGAAGAUGGGGCAUUUAGGGCUCUCCGGGACCUGGAAGUGCUCACUCUCAACAAUAACAACAUUACUAGACUAUCAGUGGCAAGUUUCAACCAUAUGCCAAAACUUAGAACUUUUCGACUUCACUCCAACAAUCUCUACUGUGACUGCCAUCUGGCCUGGCUGUCUGAUUGGCUUCGUCAAAGACCUCGGGUUGGCCUCUACACUCAGUGUAUGGGUCCAUCCCACCUGAAAGGUCAUAAUGUAGCUGAAGUUCAGAAACGUGAAUUUGUCUGCAGUGGUCACCAGUCAUUCAUGACUCCAUCUUGCAGUGUGUUACAUUGUCCAGCUGCAUGUACCUGUAGCAACAAUAUUGUAGAUUGUCGUGGAAAAGGGCUUCCUGAGAUACCCACUAAUCUACCAGAAACUAUCACUGAAAUACGUUUAGAACAAAAUUCAAUCAAGGUCAUCCCUCCUGGAGCUUUCUCAUCAUAUAAAAAGCUUCGAAGAAUUGACCUGAGCAAUAAUCAAAUCUCAGAAAUUGCACCAGAUGCUUUCCAUGGCCUGCGGUCACUGAACUCACUUGUCCUCUAUGGAAAUAAAAUUACAGAACUUCCAAAAAGCCUGUUCGAAGGACUAUUUUCCUUACAGCUUCUACUAUUGAAUGCUAACAAGAUAAACUGCCUCCGAGUAGAUGCUUUUCAAGAUCUCCACAACCUGAACCUUCUCUCCUUGUAUGACAACAAACUACAGACCAUUGCCAAGGGCACCUUUUCACCCCUGCGUGCUAUUCAGACUUUGCAUUUGGCUCAGAACCCAUUUAUUUGUGACUGCCAUCUGAAGUGGCUAGCGGAUUAUCUUCAUACAAACCCUAUUGAGACCAGUGGUGCCCGAUGCACCAGCCCCCGUCGGCUGGCAAACAAAAGGAUCGGCCAGAUCAAAAGCAAGAAAUUCCGGUGUUCAGCUAAAGAACAGUAUUUCAUUCCAGGCACAGAAGAUUAUCGAUCAAAAUUAAGCGGAGACUGCUUUGCAGAUUUGGCUUGCCCCGAAAAGUGUCGCUGUGAAGGAACUACAGUUGAUUGCUCCAAUCAGAAACUCAACAAGAUUCCAGAUCACAUUCCUCAGUACACUGCAGAACUCCGUCUCAAUAACAAUGAAUUCACUGUGUUGGAAGCUACAGGAAUUUUUAAGAAGCUCCCUCAGCUACGUAAAAUAAACUUCAGCAACAAUAAGAUCACAGACAUUGAAGAAGGAGCAUUUGAAGGAGCCUCUGGUGUAAAUGAAAUUCUUCUCACUAGUAAUCGACUGGAAAAUGUUCGCCAUAAGAUGUUCAAGGGAUUAGAAAGCCUGAAAACUCUGAUGUUGAGAAGUAAUCGUAUAACCUGUGUAGGAAAUGAUAGUUUUAUAGGACUCAGUUCUGUACGUUUGCUUUCAUUGUAUGACAAUCAAAUUACAACAAUUGCUCCAGGAGCGUUUGAUACCCUCCAUUCCUUAUCCACAUUAAACCUCUUGGCCAAUCCUUUUAACUGUAACUGCUACUUGGCUUGGUUGGGAGAUUGGCUUAGGAAGAAACGCAUUGUAACAGGAAAUCCUCGAUGCCAGAAACCUUACUUCCUAAAAGAAAUUCCCAUCCAGGAUGUUGCUAUUCAGGAUUUUACUUGUGAUGACGGAAAUGAUGACAACAGUUGUUCUCCACUAUCCCGCUGCCCAGCAGAAUGUACCUGCCUUGAUACAGUUGUCCGAUGUAGUAACAAGGGCCUGAAAGCCUUGCCAAAAGGGAUCCCCAAAGAUGUCACUGAACUGUAUUUGGAUGGGAACCAGUUUACCCUAGUUCCCAAGGAACUUUCUAACUACAAACAUUUAACACUUAUAGAUCUAAGUAACAACCGAAUCAGCACACUUUCUAACCAGAGUUUCAGCAACAUGACACAGCUACUGACCUUAAUUCUUAGUUACAAUCGUCUCCGAUGUAUACCUGCCCGGACCUUUGAUGGGUUGAAGUCUCUUCGUUUACUGUCUUUACAUGGAAAUGACAUUUCUGUUGUACCUGAAGGAGCUUUCAAUGAUCUGUCCUCCUUAUCACAUCUAGCCAUUGGUGCCAACCCUCUCUACUGUGACUGUAACAUGCAGUGGUUAUCGGAUUGGGUCAAAUCAGAAUAUAAAGAACCUGGAAUUGCUCGAUGUGCUGGUCCUGGGGAAAUGGCAGACAAACUACUGCUCACAACACCAUCCAAAAAAUUUACUUGCCAAGGUCCUGUGGAUGUUAACAUACUUGCUAAAUGUAGUCCAUGCUUAUCGAAUCCUUGUAAAAAUGACGGCACCUGUAAUAGUGAUCCUGUUGACUUCUAUCGAUGCACUUGCCCAUAUGGUUUCAAGGGCCAGGAUUGUGAUGUUCCGAUCCACUCUUGCAUCAGUAACCCAUGCAAACAUGGUGGAACUUGUCACUUAAAAGAAGGAGAAAAGGAUGGAUUCUGGUGUACUUGUGCUGAUGGAUUUGAAGGAGAAAAUUGUGAAGUGAAUGUUGAUGAUUGUGAAGACAAUGACUGUGAAAAUAAUUCCACCUGUGUUGAUGGAAUUAACAACUACACAUGCCUUUGCCCACCUGAAUACACAGCUGCUAAUCUGAAUGAGGUGGAAAAAGGUGAGUUGUGUGAGGAGAAACUUGAUUUUUGUGCCCAGGACCUUAACCCCUGCCAACAUGACUCAAAGUGCAUCCUGACACCAAAAGGAUACAAAUGCGAUUGUACCCCUGGAUAUGUAGGUGAGCAUUGUGAUAUUGACUAUGAUGACUGCCAGGACAACAAGUGUAAGAAUGGAGCCCAUUGUACAGAUGCAGUGAAUGGCUAUACUUGCAUUUGCCCAGAAGGUUACAGUGGCUUAUUUUGUGAGUUUUCUCCACCAAUGGUUCUACCUCGGACCAGUCCUUGCGAUAAUUUUGAGUGUCAGAAUGGAGCCCAGUGCAUCAUAAAAAUAAAUGAGCCAAUAUGUCAGUGCUUGUCUGGCUACCAGGGUGAAAAGUGUGAAAAGUUGGUCAGUGUCAAUUUUGUCAACAAGGAAUCUUAUCUUCAAAUACCUUCAGCCAAGGUUCAACCUCAGACAAACAUCACUCUACAGAUUGCCACAGAUGAGGACAGUGGAAUUCUUCUGUAUAAAGGUGACAAAGACCAUAUAGCAGUGGAGCUGUAUCGUGGGCGAGUGCGGGCCAGCUACGACACAGGAUCUUAUCCGGCAUCUGCCAUUUACAGUGUGGAGACAAUUAAUGAUGGCAACUUUCACAUAGUGGAAUUGAUUGCAAUGGGUCAGAGUCUGUCACUUUCCAUUGAUGGUGGAAGCCCCAAAACCAUUACCAACUUAUCAAAGCAAUCCACUCUGAAUUUCGACUCCCCGCUUUAUGUAGGAGGAAUGCCUGGAAAGAACAACAUUGCAGCUCUUCGCCAAGCUCCAGGACAGAAUGGCACCAGUUUCCACGGCUGCAUUCGCCAUCUGUACAUCAACAGUGAACUUCAAGACUUCAGAAAAGUGCCCAUGCAGACAGGCAUUCUGCCUGGUUGUGAGCCAUGCCAUAAAAAGGUGUGUGCCCAUGGAACAUGCCAGGCAUCAAGCCAGUCAGGUUUCACCUGUGAUUGUGAGGAAGGAUGGAUGGGACCACUGUGUGACCAGCGGACCAAUGACCCUUGUCUUGGAAAUAAAUGCAUGCAUGGAACCUGCUUGCCAAUCAAUGCAUUUUCCUAUAGUUGCAAGUGUCUGGAAGGUCAUGGAGGUGUCUUAUGUGAUGAGGAGGAAGAACUAUUUAACCCCUGCCAGUCCAUUAGAUGUAAACAUGGAAAAUGCCGACUUUCUGGUCUCAAACAGGCCUAUUGUGAAUGCAAUAGUGGAUACACUGGGGAGAGCUGUGACCGAGAAGUCUCUUGUCGAGGGGAACGCAUCAGAGAUUACUAUCAAAAGCAGCAAGGCUAUGCUGCCUGCCAGACAACCAAAAAGGUAUCCCGACUAGAAUGUAAAGGCAGCUGUGCAAGUGGCCAGUGCUGUGGACCUCUGAGGAGCAAGAGACGGAAAUACUCUUUUGAAUGCACUGAUGGGUCGUCCUUUGUGGACGAGGUUGAAAAAGUGGUGAAAUGUGGCUGUACGAGGUGCCCUUCCUAAACAUGUCCCUGGCACCUUUGUCUUUGAAAAUGUUGUAUACUUAUUGACCAUGUCGGACUAAUUAAUGCUUCAUAGUGGAAAUAUUUGAAAUAUAUUGUAAAAUACAGAACAGACUUAUUUUUAUUAUGAGAAUAAAGACUUUUUUUCUGCAUUUGCAAAAGAUUGAAGUGCUUGAACUAAGACUUCUCCUAGGCCAGAGGAGCUUGAAGAAAGACAAUAUACAAAGAGCAUUACAGCAGUGAAGGGAAGAAGUAUAACUGCUUUUAACACGGAUUCUUCUUUAUAACAUGCUGAAGACAAAUGGAUGCAAUACCAAGAGACGUUCCGCCUACAGAACAUUGACGAAAAAUUGACCUGAACAAAAGGCCUAUUAUAUGUGCACUCAUUCAUAUCAGUACAUAUCACUUGUUCCAUUAGAGCAUACCAAGUGCACGCACACAUAAACAUGCACACAUGACAAAUAUAUGCACACACAUAUGAAUGAGGAUGCGAGUUGGGCGAAUGGGAAUCCAGAGUAUACCGAUAAGAAGAGUGUUUUGGGCAUAAUUUGAAAAUAUCCUGGAGAGUUCAGUUCCAGUAAUGGAAAAAAGAUUUGGUGUAAAACAUGAGAGGAAUGAGAUCUCUAAAAAUAUUCUCAAAAUAUAUUCUUAACGUCAAGCAUGUUAGCAAAAGAAGCACACUGAAGUGUUCAUCUACCUUUUUCCAGUAUUAAUUUUGUAAUAUAAAUGUUAAAGGGGACACAGAACCAAUAGAUUAUUGAUGGAUAAAUUAGUAAUAUGAUUAUUUUUUGUUUCUGAGUUUAAACAGCCCUAUACAGUAUUCAGUUUCAUUGAGAAAUAUUUAUUAUAUCAAAGUACUUUGUACUUAACAUUUUUAGGCCAUCCCUUUUACUGUUUUUCAAUGGUUUAAUAUAUUUUAAUUUAUAUUUGUCCUGAUAUUUUUGUAUUUUGGAUUUUUUAAAGAAUUAAAAUCAGGAUUUAUCAUUAUUAUUAUUAUUAUUAUUGCAAUAGGACUAACAUAGCCUGUUGUCUUGGGGGUAAAUAUUUUUGGUCUGCUUGUUUUUCUUAGUAUCUGCCCUCUGGUGUCACUAAAAGAACCUAAAAUCAAAAGUGACCAUUUCAUUCUUUGGUUAUGAAUACUGUCAUCAUUCAGGACACCUCCCAAGAACCUGUAAAAGUAUGAGAAGAAAAUUUCAUCAUUUUAGACAGCAACUGUAAAGAAAGGAAUGUUCCCGGCACAUAUACAUCCCCACAAAAAGACAGUAUAUAGAAAAAUGAUGCUAGAAAAUAGACCUUUUUUACAAAUUAAUAUUUCCUCAGAGAUCUUUACCCUUAAAAAGCUGUAAUGUCAAGAACUGUGACUUUUUUCCCAAAUAAUAAAACUACUUUAUUACCCUGUUCCCUAUGUUAACAUGUUUGCUGCUAAAUGACAACAUAGAAUUGGUAAUGAUUUAUAGUGGGUUGUGCUCUUCUUUCUUUAAAAUCCCAGGGUACCCUGUAAAAAUGCAGAUGUUUCUUUCCAUUUUUUUAAAACAAGAAAAUUAGAUGUACAUGUAUAAUGCAGUGUGCUUUGUCUUAUCUGGACUAAUAUCAGUAAUGCUACUGAUGUUUGUAAAUUAAACAAAUAUUUACUUCAUUAACAGCUUGAUGGCAUUCUUAGAAACUGGGCAAUUUUUAGGGGAACUCUCCAUAUUUAGCUGUUAAUCAAAGUUGCGUGGUGGGAGGAGGGGUGGAAGAAAACAUGUGCCUUUUUAUUACAUUCUUAACAUGAUACUGCAUCACAGACCUGGGAAAGGCCACAGGGAAACAGUGUUAAAUAAGAAGGCACUGCUUUUUGUAAACAAAUUCUUAUGUGAAGUUAUUCCAUGGGGCAUUUUCAGGUGAAUUCUGUCUGAGCCAAAUAUGUUUCUCUGCAUUCUCACCCUCAAUUAGAUUUAGGCAGGAAAGGCAUGCAUUGGAAGGUGAAAAGAGCAUGUCUGUGAAACACAACAUGUUGUUUGAAUGCAGACUAUUCUAGGUGCAUCUUGGUGUGACCUUGGGAAGUCACAACUUUUCUGGGCUACAGUAAUGCAAGAGAUUUGGACAACAUAAACAUAGGUGAUCCCAGUAUUUUCUAUUCCAUAAACCCUUUUCGACAACAACAAAUAUAUGUUGUGAAUGCCCAGGGUAAUUUACUAUACUACUCAUAAGCAAUUAUUUAAUGCUUCAGGCACAGUUAAAGAAUUUUUUUUAUUGUGAACCAUUAUUGAAUCCUAUAGGAGUUUGAGAUUCACUAAAAGGGAGUCAUUGAAUUAGGUCAUCUCAAAAGGCCCUUUCAACCCUAAAUACUAGUGUCUGACUUAUGAUAUAAGAAAUGAAAAACAAAUACAUACAUCUUCCUUAUUUUAUCUAUACUUCUGCAGUAUGCCAUUUAGAAUGGGUUGGUUCCAAUGGAUAAUCCUCAUCCUCUCGGACAAAGUCUUUAUUGUACCUUCAUUUACUUGUUUGUACUUUGUAGUCAUUGAAGUCUUGUCUCUUGGGUGCAAUGUUGAGUGAUGUUUAUUAUUGAACCAAAAUGUUUAUGAAGGUAAAGCAAUAUUUACUUUAGAUUUAUGUUUGCUAUUUUUCUUGGACCCAUGUUUAUUUUUUUUUUAAUAUAUGAAUGUGAAAAGCGAUUACCUUAAGGACUAGUGAAGAUGAAACAUCAAACAGCGAAAGGACUCUGGUUUUAGAACAAUGUGAAACCUUUUCUAUUGAUCAAAAUGGAGAUGUGGUAUAUGCUAAGUGGUGUUAUUGCAAGGGGAUUCCUUUGGGACACCACAAGGAGUUCACUUGAUGUCAUAGAUUUUGUUGUUGUUGUUGUUUAAGGAAAAUGCCGACUUUGAACCCAAAGUGGAGUCUGAGUAGCUUUUAGAUUGUAUUUUUCUCCUCUUUGCUGCUGAAUGUGCAAAAUAAACAAAAGCGCAGCCACUAUUGAACUUGGGAUUGAUUAAAUGGCUCAUAGGCCAUUAUUUGCUUGAACACAAGCUCCUUUGGGCAAGUGGGCCUCACUUCAAGAAAACCCUAUGUGCAAAACUUUGACUUCACCAAAUGACUAAAUUGAGAGGCGAUUAUUCAUUUCAUAAAGUGUUUCAAUAUAUGUGAGGUUCACUUCAGAAUGUCUCUUCAAUAGACCAUUCUUCUAGUGAAAUUUAAACAUAAUCUGAUGUACCUUCCCCUCCCCAGAGGACUUGGGUUUGAAUCCUGAUACUGCUGCUUCCUACCUGUUUGACCUUGGGCAGGUAACUUUACCUCUUUGGGCCUCUGGUUCAAAAAAAUGGUUAGAUAAUAGAUGUUGGAUAAAAUGAACUCUCAGGUGUUAUCUAGCGUUAAAUCUAAUUAACCCAAGUUGAUAUUAAUCCAUUAAUCACUACUUUAGGGGAUGAAUCAUUUAACUAUUUCUGAAUGAAUCUAACAAUUAUGUCAUCUAGCUAACAGAAAUUUCUUCAACUUGCAACUCAAAAGUCUUUAGUAAACACCUAAGGUACUAGGUGUUGAAGAUACAAAAACAAAAGCAGCCCUUCUCCUCAAAGAGCUUUCCAUUCUUUGAGGCAGAGAAGCAAAAUUGGGGAAGGGUAGCAUGAGAUAUUUUGUCAAGUGUUUUUCUGAAAUCCAAAUAUAAUGUAUACAUGGAAUUCCUCUGAAUUGCCAGUUUCUUUUUUUUUUUGUUAAAAUGGGAAUCAAUUUUGUCUAGAAUAAUCUGUUCUUCCUAAAACCACUUUGACUCUUAGUGAUUAGUGUUUCCCUAAGGAAUCAAAUACCAGUCAUUUAAAUAAUAUAUUGCAAAUUUUGCCAGGAAUUGAAGUCAAGCUAGUCAAACUUUGGAUUACAGUGUGAAGAAUCUACCCUCUCCCCCUUUUAUAAAAUCAGAACAUUGUCUCUACUGUGUGGCAGUGUUCUGUGUUCUCUAUAGGUUUUCAAGGAUUGCCAAUUUCACCUCAACAAUAAAGGUGUGUGUUUGUGUUA